AUGACCGCUUCCGUUAACUCCUUCUUAGAAGACUACGACUCCCGGGAUCCUCGAGUUCAGCCCUUUCGCAUUCCGGCCGGUGAGAACUACAGCGCCCAGCGUGCCCUCCUUCCCAUUUCCCUCGGAGCGGAAAGGAGAGGAGGAACCCGGCGGCCGGAGCUCAGUGGCCUCUGCACGCACACACCACCCCGCCUGCUUUUGCAGCCUCCCGAGAAGCGGCGCCGGACGAUUGAGGAUUUCAACAAAUUCUGCAGCUUCGUCCUGGCCUACGCCGGCUACAUCCCGGCCGCCAAGGAGGAGAAUGACUGGACUCCCUCUGGCUCGAACUCCCCCAUCCGCCCGGAGAGCGUGGUGGACAGUGACGGCUGGGAGUCAACCCACUCAGACCUGCACACCAUUGAGACCUUUGUGAAGAAGGCCAAGUCCUCGAAGAAGAAAGCGGCCUUCCGCCGCCUGAAAUCGGACAGCUCGCUGCUGGAGAAAAUGAAACUCAAGGACUCCCUUUUUGACUUGGACCCUGUGGGCAAGCAGCCGCCCCCGCUCGCGGGCCCCAAAGCGAACGCCGAGAGAAAGAAGGACAAGAGGAACCGCAAAGCCGCCCUGGAGGCUGGGGGCCCCAAGCGGAGCCGGGGGGACCCGGGUGGGGAGAAGCGCUCACGCAUCAAAAAGAGCAAGAAGCGGAAGUUGAAAAAGGCGGAGCGCUCAGAGAAGAAGCACAAGGCUUCGCUGAGUGAGACGGACUCGGAGGAGGAGGAGACGGCGACAGCGGCGACGCCUCAGGCAGGGGCAGCCCUGCGGCCGGGCAGGGAGGAGGAGGGGGCGGCCACGGCACUGGGCAGCGCGACGGCCCCCCCGGAGCUCUUGGCAGCCGGUUUCCCCAUUAAGGGUGAGGACACAGAAGGGAAGGAGGGCAUCAGCACAGAGACCAGCCAAGACGGGGACGGCAGUUCCAGCGAAGGUGAAAUGCGGGUGAUGGACGAGGACAUCAUGGUGGAAUCAGGGGAUGAUUCAUGGGACCUCAUCACUUGUUACUGCCAGAAGCCAUUUGCCGGUCGGCCGAUGAUUGAGUGUAACCAAUGUGGCACCUGGAUCCACCUCUCGUGCGCCAAGAUCAAGAAGACCAACGUUCCUGACAUCUUCUAUUGCCAGAAGUGUAAAGAAAGCUCUCGAAAGCAGCCGCCCCCGUUGCUCCCUCCAGCGGCUCCUGGAGCCGCAGCUGCCGUUGCGUCCAGGGGAAGCGGGGAGCCCUAGCCUGUCAGGGGAGGAUGGCUUUGGGCCGGACUGCCACCCCAGAGGGACAAAAGACUGGACAGGGUGGGGAGUCUGUUCUGGAUUGGUAUCCAAAUGAGCCUUGGUUCCUCGGGGUAUUUGGGCUGGUGACAGACCCAGUGCUGAAGGGAGGGGGGGUCCUACCCUCAAAAAAAUCAGCAGAUGCUGCCUGGCAGUUACAUACCCCUCACCUCAAACCCCUCCCCCUUGGGGGGGGUUGAUCCUGGCCCACCUCCCUAUUCUCUGACGGAGAGGAAGGUAUUGCCAGGUUGAAACGGUUGAGGAGAGUGAAACUGGACAACAAAGCGGUUCCUGUUUUGUACCUUGGGGAUGCACAUAAUGCUGGGAAGGGGGGCAAGGACAGUAGAAGUGUUGGGGGUAGAAGUAUCUUCUUUUCCCUAGCUCUUCCCCAGCAAAGCUCACUUGUAAAUAGACAGAAAGCAAAGGUUAGGUUCUCCCCCACCCCCAUGCAGGGAUUUUUGUCUGUUUCCCUGUUGGUAAACUUUUUGUACACACCCCUCCCCUUCUGAACUCUUCAAAGUAUUUGUCUCGUUCCUCCAGAAGCAGGGCUCUAAGGCACAGGGUGCGAUUGCUGAAAGAUGCUUAGGGUUACUAGUUGAGAUGAGACAGGAUCCAGGUGAAAAUAUCAUUUUUUAAAAAAUUAAUCCUUAGGCUUUUUUGUUUUUUUGGCUUUUUAAAAUGCUCCUAGGAAAGAGAUCGGGGAGGAGACAGAAGACUUUGCUUGCCAAGAGUUAAUUCCUGCAAACUUUAGUAUAAAAGCAAACUUUUUUUUUUUCGGGGGGGGGAUAGUCUAGGGAGCCCCAUGUGAUUUUUUUUUUUUGCUGUUCUCAAAAUAAGAAAGGACAAUGUGUUUUCUGACUUGGUGAUUUGGAAGAGCAGGGAGGCUAAGUACUGGUGUUCCGACAGAGAGCUAGAGAGCUUGGUGGCGAAUGAAGACUGCCACAAACUCCCCUCCCCAGGAUGUUCCUGGUUCACAGAGCUCUGGUUCUGUUGCCCUCCCUCUCCGUCCCAACCGGUGCCCCACUUCAGGUUAGCCUUUUGAUCUGUGGGGAUUUUGUUUCUGAGGUCCCCUUCCCCGAUUCCCUCUUUUGCUCUAAUAUUUGCAGCGGUGUACAUGGCGGAGUUUCUGAAUGUAAAUAAAAGAUGUG